AUGAUGAUGUUACCAGCGCACUCGGGACCCUUACACCCGUUUCCUUUGCCAGGACGAACUAACGAGAAGGCUCUGCCAUUGAUGUUCGAAGGUAAUCGAAUUGGUAUUUGCAUCAUUGGUGAAGUCCCACUAAAGAGUAACGAGACUGCAAAGUCCAAUUUGUUCAAGUGGAUCGUGAAGAUCCAAGCUGGACACGGGAAACGCCAGUUAGAGUCCUCAAAAGGAGUCAUAAAACUUUGGGAAACUCUCGAAAUCGAUCGAAUCUAUCCUGGAUUGCACCAAGCCUAG